GAUUCUUCCAAUUUGUUUGACAGCUGAUGAAAUUGAAAGAAGCGCCAUUCUUUAUAAUUCAAUUUUAUUGCAAUUUUUACAAAAUAAUUCGAUAUUCAGACAAUUCAAGUGCUCUAUACUAAAGUAUAUUAAUUAUUCUUCAUAAAUGACUAAAUAAACUGUAUCAGUCUAUCCAUUUUUGUGUUUUAAAUGGCGUUUUAUUAUCGUGAUAUAUUUGUUUUUAACCGUGGCGGAGCUAUUGAGAUUUGACAACCUAAAAUGGCGGCCUCUUUUGAACUACAGAUUGUUUUAUAAAUUUCAUGUCAUUAAACAAAUCUUAUGAUGUUAAUUGUGCGAUAAAUUAAAUUGUAGUUAGUAAGUUAAAAUAUCACAAUGGAUCAUAAUUUAGAAGAUACUUUAAACUUGGAAAGUGCAAUAAGUGAAAUGGAUUUUACACAUUCUGAGGAUGCAGUUGUCAGCCAAGCAGAUAUCACCCUUGAAGCUAGUGGGCAAGAAGGUGAUAUACCGAUGGAGUUUGAACAUAUUGAACAGCAACCUAUGUUAAUGGAUACAGGAAAUGAAGAAAUUAUUGUUUCAGAUUUUAUGGGAGAACAAUUUACACUACAAGAAUAUUCUAUCAAAGAUGACCAAACUUCAGGAGCAACUACAACAGAAGAGUCUAAUAUUCAGAGUAUUUUACAGUCUCAAUCAGAAACUAUGGUGAACUUGCAGUUUGAACCACCUUUAAAACAAGAGAAUCCACCACAAACUAAAUAUAUUUCUGUGAAGGCGGCUGUACCGCGACCUCCUCGUCCCGUAGCUAUAGCACCGAAGCCAUCAAAAUUCAGCACUCCCGUUCACAAGCCAGAUCUGGUUCAUGGCAAACAAUAUGCUAUAGCACCUAAACCUGUUGCCUUAGUGGCAAACAGGACAGGCAUUAUGCAAGGCACAUCAAAAGGAAACACUGUUUUAGCACAAAUAGGAAAGCAGCUGGUCAUGUUGCCUACUGGGGGCUCCCAGAAGAUAAAACUUGUGUCAACCUCAAAUUCUGGUGUGUCUACUGUUCAAUAUGCUCAAAUAAUAUCAAAAAGUGUACCCACUACGCAAUCUGCCAAACCCGUGGUCGCAAAAGUAAUAGGACAAGCUCAGAGUAGCAAUCAGCCCGCUGUGAUUACGAAAAUAUUACCGACCGGAAGUGCUGUGACACCACAAGCUCGUUAUGUCAUGCAUCAAAAAACUAUACCAAUAUCAAUUGCAAAUAAUAAGGUGUUACUAACAUCUCCAACCAAACAAGGGAAAAAACAACAGAUCAUAACUAUAAAGUCAAAUGCGCCUACAAAGCAGUCUCAAGCACCUACUACUACGAAAAAGAUUGUCAUAACUGCCAAUUCGUCACAGAAUGUUAUAUUGAAAACUGCUGCCCCUAAAACUACACAAAUAAACAAAGAGAGCAAAGUUUUGGUCCAAGGACAAAGAUCGCAACUUCAUAAAAUCGACGUUCCCGGCAAAGGCAUACAAUUAAUACGAUUAAUAACAAACCCAACAACUACAGCAGCCAAACCUGUCACGAAACCACCACCUGCAAUAGCAGUGCCUUCCAAAACUUUUGUUUUACAAGAUAGUAAAGGUAACUUAAUCCAGAUGACUGCAGAGAAAAUGCUCAGUGGUCAACCACCGCCGCUGGUCAUCACUGGAAAUACUACCACGGCUAGUAAACUAGUGACCUCGAAACCGCAGCAAAAGUUGGUACGGAUAGCAGCAGCUCCGCCUGUCACCAAAUCGUCGCAUUCGGUGCAACCGACCAGAUCGGCACAAAGUCUACUAGCACCCCUGGCGACAGCAGAUACUUCGCCAACGACGAUGGAAGAGAUAAAAGAAAUACAGCUGUUGCCUCAUACCUUGCCCGUCGUUGAAGAGGUUAUCGAGGAGGCCGAUGUAGAGGAAGAGGUGCAAAAGGAGGAAGUGGAAGAGGAACAGGCGGAGGAUUCCAAGACUUCACUACAAGCUUUAAUCGCAGACACAGUUGGUAAUGAAGUGAAUAUACAAUCCAUGCAAGAGGUCGAAGUGGAAUAUGAGAGACAACAGAGUCCAAUACGAGAAGAGAGUGUAAACAGUAUAGAUCAGCAAGAUUCAAGUACUAGGCCAGAAGAACAUCCGCUCAUUGUUAUCCCUUCCAAUUACAGAAAUUCAGAAGAGUCACUUCUUGUGGAGGAUUUAGUUAAAAGUGAAGAGAAAAGAAAAAUGAAACAUAUGUUAAAUGUAGAAGAGGUAAUGAAUCCAUAUCAAUCGCCUACAACGCCGCCGGCUGUCUCGGAAUCAGAUGUAGUAUCAACGGAAUUGGGUAUACGGCCAAGGAAGGCUUGUAAUUGUACAAAGUCCCAAUGCCUCAAGUUGUACUGCGAUUGCUUCGCGAAUGGUGAAUUUUGCAAUCGGUGCAACUGCAACAACUGCCACAACAACCUGGAGAACGAAGAGUUGCGACAGAAGGCCAUCAGGGCAUGUCUCGAUAGGAAUCCAAAUGCUUUCAGACCAAAAAUUGGCAAGAGUAAAACUGGUGGUCCAGAAAUAAUACGGAGACAUAACAAGGGCUGUAAUUGUAAAAGGAGUGGGUGUUUGAAGAAUUACUGUGAGUGUUACGAGGCCAAAAUUGCGUGUACGUCGAUGUGCAAGUGCGUGGGCUGCCGCAACGUGGAAGAGACGCUGGAGCGUGCGCGGCGGCGUGACAUCACACGGCGGCACCCGCUCGCCGGCCGCGACCCGCGCCUUUCCUCGCCCACCGCGCUCUACCGCCCGCCGCCGCUCACGCACCACAAGCAACCGUGCAGCUUCAUGACAUCGGAAGUAAUAGAGGCCGUGUGUCAGUGCUUGGUAGCGGCCGCGGCAGAGCCCGGCACGAGGACAGGAGAAGCGGCAGAGGAGGCGGAGCCCGACCCCAUGCGUGACGUCAUCGAGGAGUUCGCGCGCUGCCUGCAGGAUAUCAUCAGCGCCUCGCACCAGACCGCGCCCCUCGCUCUCGGCGACGACGUCUGAUCGCGGCUACCUGUCACCUCACACCGGCUCUCUUACCAGGGUCAUGUGUGAUGUUCGAACUCCAUUUCGAUGCUACAUCGUAUUUAAUCCGCCAUUGCCAAGUGAUAAUAAUCUAUUAUUUAUUAUAAGAAAUAAUAUCAUAGCAUGCUAUGUUUUUAUAAGGAAGAUUUUUUUAUCAAAAUUUGUGUAUUAUAUCAAGACUUGUACAGUGGUAUAUAGUGACAAAAUGGAACCAUAAAUUAAUAUUCUAUGACAAUGAGGAUGUAAAUAAUAUUAGGUUAUUCGAUCAGAUUUUAUAAAGAUUUAUAUUCAUCGGUCAUGUAUAUGGACAUCAUAUGUAAAAUGUAAAUAAUUUUAUUUUAAGAGCGUUCAUAAUUUUAGCUUGAGCAAGUGCAGUGACGUCGCAACUAUCAAUUUUCAAAAACAAUUGAACACAAUAUAUAUAUAUA